AUGGGCAACUUCGUGUCGGCAGGCGGCAGCCGCGGCGGCAAGAUCGUGCUGCCUGACGGGACCGUGCGGGCGUUGGGGGAGCCCGUGUCCGUAGCCGAGGUCAUGGUGGAGCACCCGUGCCAUUUCGUCGUCGACGCGCGAGUCGUCUCCACCGGCGCUGCUGCCAAGGUCGCCGCGCUGCCGGCCGACGACGUGCUGCACGGUGCUGGGGUGUACGUAGUGCUCCCGGCGAUCAGGGGCAGGGUCUCCGCCGACGAAGUCCGUCGUGUGCUCGCGACAGCAUCUAGGCCACUGCCGCAGUGCCAGAAGGCUGGUGGACAGGGGCAGCAGAACGAGGCUCUGACAAGGAUUGAAGGGCUUGGAUAUCACCAGCCGGAGUUCCUGAGCCGGGAGAUGACGUCCAGGGGGGCAUGGAAACCCAGCCUGAAGACGAUCGAAGAACUGUGGCAGCCCAGGAAGAUUCCUCAUUGGCUCUUCUGA